UACGGACUGCUGUUAUAUCGAAGAAGAAGAAGAAGAAGAACUUGCACCGGCGCUGUCGUUAUUUAUUGAAAAUAGAUAGCUAGCUAAUUCUCUCACCAAGCAAUAUUAACAUUUGUCAUUUUGUAAUCCAAGUUGUUAAAAAAAACUAAAAACCAUGACGGAGCCUCAGGCAGCACUGUUACUCAGGAGACAGCUGGCAGAGCUCAAUAAGAACCCAGUGGAGGGAUUCUCAGCAGGUUUGAUAGACGAUAACGACCUCUACAGAUGGGAAGUCUUAAUCAUCGGCCCACCAGACACAUGCUAUGAAGGUGGUGUGUUCAAAGCACAUCUCACGUUUCCCAAAGACUACCCUCUCAGGCCACCUAAAAUGACAUUUAUCACAGAUAUAUGGCACCCUAAUGUUGACAAGAACGGUGACGUAUGUAUAUCUAUUUUACACGAGCCUGGUGAGGAUAAGUACGGCUAUGAGAAGCCCGAGGAGCGCUGGCUGCCCAUCCACACAGUGGAAACCAUCAUGAUUAGUGUUAUCUCUAUGUUGGCGGACCCGAACGGAGACUCGCCUGCCAACGUUGACGCUGCAAAAGAGUGGCGUGAAGACCGACAUGGGGAAUUCAAAAGAAAAGUGGCCCGUUGUGUAAGAAAGAGCCAAGAGACUGCCUUUGAGUGAAUUUUAUCAAGCUGCAUCUAGCUUCACUUUUUCAGGGUCUCCAAUUUGAGAAACAACAUGGCACUGUUUUCCUGCACUCUACUACCCGAUUGCCAGGCUCGUCUUCAUUGCAUUUGGCAGAAACCGUCUGGCAACAAUAGGUCGCAAUAGAACUUAACAGCUGUUGCCACAUGCUGACCGAAAACUGCCACACAAGUGCCAACUCGAAAACUACAAAACAGAAGAUGAAUAAACACGUUUUUUUGAAGUCUAUGAACUUUUCAGGAAGAGAUUGUAAAGAUCUGUAUAUAGCACAGACCUAAAACUGGAUAAUAUAUAAACUGUUCCUACCCAUCCAGCAAGACACAUAGUACCAAAUAAGUAGUGCUUCUGUAGGUAGAAUUUGAGCCCUGUGAGUUAUUGGAAGUUUUUAGUCCUCUUCCCCGUUCAACAUCCACUCUAGUGUGUAUUAGUGUAGGUAUGUUACAGGUUGCUUUGAUGGACAGGAAGCCUUGAAGAAGGCAGAAUGGUAAGAAUGCGAUGCUGUUGUAGAAUCCCACUAUUGGAGAACAGCGGAGUUCGGGUUCUAGAAUGACCGGAAUAUCGGGCCAAAUUGGAAUUUAUGGCAGAGGGUGCACUAGAAUAGACACAUUCUGUAGCAUGCUUGUCAUGUUAGGUUCCUUCACCCUUAGCACUUCAGGACAAUUUGCUGUAAGUCACCAUUUUAAAAUAUGAAUAAGUUUAUAGAGGCAAGUCUUUAUUUAGGAUUUUUAACACCAUUAGGAAGUUCCCCUACCGUGGUGCACAUGUACCCCGAAUUGAUCACAUACCUCAUUUGUUAAGUUACAUUUACAUUUAAGUCAUUUAGCAGACGCUCUUAUCCAGAGCGACUUACAAAUUCAGGUGUGUUUCUUUGGAGAUGGACACAGCCAUUACAAGUCAUGCAUUCACAAAUUGAGCUCGUAGUUAGAUUUUUAAUUAUACAUUUUUCAAAAAGUGCCUCCUAUUAAAUUGCUUGGCAAUUGCACCCUGUAUUGAACCAGAGUUAUAGUUUCAGAGACGUCAGAGAAAUGGUUAACCGCUUAAGUGUUAUUUUAUAACCCUUCACACCAGUACAAUGUAUAAUCAAACGUAUUGGUAACCAUUUGGUGUAGCAAUAACCUUCCCCAGAUGUGUGGUGUACGGUCUUAUAUUUGUUUUAAUAUUCUGAUGAGAUUUAGGGGAGCUAUUUCUCUUAGAGUCACCUUGAUGAAACAGAUGAAUUUACAACGCUUGAUUUCCUCUGUGUGGUGUCGUAGGUAGGAUUUGUUGUGCAUGCUUUAACAUUAGGUUUCCAUGCUGGUAGUAGUGUCUGGGUUUUGAUUUAAAAUGUAUGUUUGUGCCAUGUUUUAUACCCCCCUGAUCCUCGAAUUUCUCCUGGUGUAUGAUUUUAUUCUGGCUCUGAUGGACUAUUGCAGUUUACUUGCCUAAUGUACAAAGACAAAAUUCUGAUGUAUAUUUUUCAUGUUAUGAAAAUUGUCACCUUGUGUCGUGAGUUCUUCUAAAAUAUGAUUCCUCCUCCAAUAAUUGUUGGGGUAUUUUCAUUUAAUGAAAAUUAUGUGUACAAUGUUUUGUCAUAUUACCAGACAUCUACUUCUUUGUUACACACAUGAUCUUACUUCCUAGCAUGUUCUCAUGUGUAUCAUGUGGUGUCUGAACCCCUAGGUCAGGUAAUCCCAAACUUGGUCCUUCAAGGACUUGCUUCCGUUCAGCCACUCGAGCAUUAAUGAAGUUGU